AUGGGCCAGGGAAGCAAAGAUGUUUUGGAUGCCAAUGACAAGAUUGAAGUGAGAGAACAUUUCCCUGAGACCGCCCUGGAGCUCCAGGGCAUUGCCAACGACUUUGAAGGCCAUGGCUAUCCGGUGACGUUCCAGUAUUUAUCGGCCUGGCUCUACUUCCACGAGCUGGCGCACACUGACGUGGUUGGGGCUGGUUUCGACAGUCGCGAGUGCACGGGCAUUGUGGCGGAAACCACCAGGGGGAACCUGGUGCAGCUCGCGAAUAUGGACCAGAGCCCGUUGGCGGCAAGGAACCUCACAUUGCGCAUCCGCGUGAUUGACAACACCAGCGCAGUACUCUUCGAAGGAGUGGACUGGUACACCCUACUCUCCACUGGGGUGAGCCGGGCUGUGAAGCAAGGUGUGGCAUCAGUGCAGGAAAACUGGCGCAGCGGCAGCCGCAAAUUGGAAGAUGUGAUGACAGACAUUCAGCCUCUUGACAUGUAA